UCCGUGCAUCUCCACCAGCCUUCCUCUUUCCUUCUGUCUCUUCUGUAUUGCUCGAGCGCAGCUGACGGAGGCUCGAGGGCGUACGCGCGACGGAGAAGAGGCUAGACGACGGUGAAACAACAGUGUGCCGUCGAGGGAAGUAAAUAGGGAAAAUAUGCUAACCGAUCGGGUUGCAACGUUAGACCGUCGCUAGUACCUCGUAAAGGAGGAGGUGGGAGAGACCGACGUAUACGUGUACGGUCAGAGGUGGUGCACGGAUAUCGUGUGUAGGUGGAUCGGCAGUGGAGGCGGUGGAAAAGGCGAACCACGGGUCGCCCGCCGCGUGCGGUCACCGCAGUGUGCGAAUCCGCUCCGAUUGUCCGCUCCGAUUUGUUCGAGUGGAUACACGUAGUCGACGUAGCGCGGUAAAGUGGUAGUAACCCUGACCUGACCCCCGCGCGCGCUACGCACCUCGGGCUCGCGCUCGCGUUUUGUCAUCAGUAUCCCCGCGAGACUCACGGUGUGUGCGCGUGCAACAUACACAUCGCCGAGCUCUCCUCCGUCCGCGCCGCGCGUCUCAUACGUAACGGGCUUAUUGACGAUCGAUCGAUCUCGCGAGCGCGACAACCGAUACGCGUCGCGUAACAAUCGGCGAUCGGCGACGGGGAGUAGUACACUACUAUCGUCCCGCGAGUGUCCACGGAAAAUCCUGGCUCAUCGUUCUCGUAUCAACCUUCAUUUAUCUCGGGGAAAUCUUGUGAGUUUAGUGGGACAGCCGUCGGCAAAAUCGCUCGCGAAGAACGUGGAUUCGUCUCUUUGUUGAGCUCAGGGUGGUAAAACAUAUCGUGUAUACGCUCUCUGCACGCUCUUCCUUCCUCCCGUCCUCCACCUCCUUCUGUUCCUCCGUUUCUUUCUACGAUACGAUCCGCGGAACGACCUCGCAUCGUAGUCGUGUAUGUGUGAUAGUGAAAAGCAAAAGGUAGUCGCGCGCGCUGUGUUGCGUAUUUGGGAGAAUUCCAAGUGGUCCAGCGGUGUGUUUCCGUCGAGAGGAUCAAAAUAAUGUUCGCCAGGGGAUAGUCCCUGGAUAAAACGCAUACGAGGACGGUGGUCGAGCGAGCGAACGAACGUGAGGGAGGUAGUCAAGAGCAGCUAACGAGCAACGCUUCGCAUUGGAGCGCCACUACGACGAUGACAACGCGCGUGGCCGAGUAAGCUUGGCUCUUCAACUAAGAGGAUGUCACGGAGACGCUGCCGAAUUGUACCGGGUCAACGCGACGUCAGCGGGAUUUAGGAGAGUAUUUUGACGAGAAGUGUACGUGAUAAGAAGACGUGGAGACACGAGUCUGAUACUACGCGUCCCGCAACGUGGACCCUCUUGAGGAAAAAUAGAUCGAGGCGGUGAAAAUAGAAGAUAAAAAGCUGGACGAGAAAGAGAGAGAAAGAAAGAUACGAAGAACAAAAGUGCAGAGAGGAAGAUACGCGACGAAGAGGAUCAUCGCGCGACGUGGCCUCUCGGUUUCCGGGGUCUCUCUCUUCGUCGGUGUUUUUACGCGUGCGGCCGUGGAUCGAUAGUUUAUCCCGCAAGCUCGUGCUGGACAGAAACGACGACGAGUUACACCCUGGAGUAACGGAACCCGUAGGGAGACGAGUAAAGAAGAAGAGCAAGUUUCCGAACGGGCCUAGCUAAAAGUGCUGCUUAACGCGACGGUUGGACCCAACGUUGUGUGGACACCGGAAGCUCCGCGGUGAUUUAUGGGGGACUAUAGCACGACUAGUCUCUUUUCCAGUAUCUUGACAAGUCCAAAACCUAGUGCGACCACAAAUAAUUGCGGCACUGGCUGCAAUAACAGCAGCAGCAGUAGUAACAUCAUCGGCAGCGCCGCCGUCACCGUAACAACAUCCACGAUGCAGGACGAUCUGCUGAUCGAGAAGCAAGCCACCGGCAAACCAGCUCCGCUCUCGCCGAGCAGCGCUCUCGACACAGUGGCUGGACAAGACAAGUCGAAGGACGCGAUUGAAGCGGAGAAUAUCGCCAUCACACCGACGACGCCCUCGUCAACGGAUAAAGAUAUUACGUGUAGCACGACCUCGGCCCUGCAGGGCUUCGCCGAUCCCGGCGGCCGCGUACCUAGCCUCUGGUCCGCGCCAGACGAUAGCGGUUUGCACGCCGCGUUACCAGUCAACGGCUCGAUCGCCGCCUUUCAGAACUUUCCAGCUGGUGGGCCCGCGGGCCUGUUCGCCAGCACCGGUGCCGCUGCCGCCGCCGCCGUGUCGAGCGGCACACGUCGCGCCAUUACGGCCAGUCAUAAUUUUCCUCAACAGCAGCAGCAGCAGCAGCAGCAGCAUGGUAACGCAGGUGCACCCGCUGGUACCAGACACGGCGGUCUGCAAGUAUCGUCCGCGCAACAGCAGCAGCAACAACAACAACAACAACACCAACAACAGCAGCAGCAACAACCGCCGCCGACAUCCCAUCCGGGGGUCUACUUGCCCGGUAAGGGCUACGCCGCGUGGUCGGGCGGGCCGCAGGCACCGCAGCAGUGGGGUGCGGGCCCGCAAGCGGCCGCGGUCGCCAGUCCGGGCCUGUCACCUUGGAAUCGCGGCAGGUCCGUGCCUAAUCUACCGCCACUGCACUCGUCCCUGCACGCCGCCGCGGCGGUGGCAGCCGGUCUGCAGGGCCGUAAACCGAGUCCAACGUUUCCGGGUCAUCCGGGACCCGCAGCGGCGCAUCCUUCCUGCAUCAGUCCGGUCAAGUUCCGUCGGAGCACCUCAUAUCCCGGCAAGGGCAACAUAUAUCCGCCUCAGCCAGCGCCGACCUUUGAAGUCACCGCCGCCGAAGAGAGGGAUCUACUGCAGCUACCCCCGUUUCAGCAGGAUCGUAUGACGGCUAAUGGAAACUCACCGUUAGACAACAUGAGGACCUUGGAACACUACUUGAGCGAUAUUAUGCGAGCCGGCGCGGCGGAUACCCCGGAACAUCUGAAAGGAUUCAUCAACUGCAACGCCGCCAAUACUCUGCAGUCGCUCGCUCAGCUACAUGGCAAAUCCCCGUUCUUCCCAAGUUUGGAGGAGCAAAGUGGCACCUUGUUGGAAGAUCCGAAUGCGCCGAGUCAGCUGGAUGGCGUCGGCGUCGGGGUCGGUGUCGGCGUCGGUGUUGGCGUAGGCGGCGGAAUAACGGCAUCCCAAGCGGCGCCGCUCUCAUCGCCGAGUCGGAGCAGUCCGCACAGCCAGGGCAGCGAAACCGGCGAACGUUUCUCCAGGAAAGUCUUCGUCGGCGGACUGCCGCCCGACAUAGACGAAGAUGAAAUCACAGCCAGUUUCCGUCGCUUUGGUCCGCUGGUCGUGGACUGGCCACACAAGGCAGAGAGCAAAUCCUACUUCCCACCGAAGGGCUACGCGUUCCUGCUUUUCCAGGACGAGGGCUCGGUGCAGCAGUUGAUAGACGCCUGCAUCCAAGACGAGGAUAAGCUUUACUUGUGCGUGAGCUCGCCCACGAUCAAGGAUAAGCCCGUGCAAAUCCGACCAUGGCGAUUGAGCGAUGCCGAUUUUGUGCUGGACGCCUCCAUGCCGCUCGACCCGCGAAAGACGGUCUUCGUUGGUGGGGUACCGCGACCACUCAAGGCCGUGGAGCUCGCCAUGAUUAUGGAUCGGCUUUACGGCGGUGUCUGUUACGCCGGCAUCGAUACCGAUCCCGAGCUCAAAUAUCCCAAAGGAGCCGGCCGGGUUGCCUUCAGUAAUCAGCAAAGCUACAUAGCUGCCAUCUCGGCCAGAUUCGUACAGCUGCAACACGGCGACAUUGACAAAAGGGUCGAAGUCAAACCAUACGUUCUGGACGAUCAAAUGUGUGACGAAUGUCAAGGCCAGCGCUGCGGAGGCAAAUUUGCACCGUUCUUCUGCGCCAAUGUCACCUGCCUACAGUACUAUUGCGAGCAUUGCUGGGCAACUAUUCACUCCCGCCCUGGUCGGGAAUUUCACAAGCCGCUGGUGAAGGAAGGCGCGGAUCGGCCUCGAGCCGUGCCUUUUCGCUGGUGUUAACCCCAGCUGCGUUGUCCCUAAUAAUCUCGCAGCCCUAGCUAAUUAACUACCAUCUCUACCAAUAUUCCCCACCCUCCCCUCACGUGCCCCAACCAACCCUCACCACCCCGCUCUUCCCCCUUCAUAUUACUUACUUAUUUACCUACAACAAGAACACAACCUCAAAACCGCUAUUACUAUUACGCUAUUACCACUCGAUCGUCACGUAUUACCACUACUCUACUACCACUAUUACUACUACUACUACUAUAACUACUACUACCACAACUACUAUUCUACUACAAAUUACUACUACUACUACUAUUACUCCACUGUGCUACUACUUCAAGUUAUACCGGUUAUACUGGAGGAAGAAACCAGCCGCUGCUGCCCGCCAGUCGAUGCAGACUAUCGGCGUCGCUCCGACCUUUGAUCUCACAUCCAUAAUGAUUUUCUGACGUGAACGACCGCACCGAUGUCAUCGUCGGGUCAAACUUUGUCGGGCAUUCAGCGGAAGACAGUCGGAAUAAAGAGAGUGAGAGAGAACGAUCGGAACCACGCCAAGUCAAUAUCGUCGAGCCGGAAGAAGAAGAAGAGAGAUAUACGUCGAGACAGGAUUCAGAAGGGAACGGACACGGAUUCUCAGUAUAUCAAUUACUCGUACACGUAUAAUCUUAUCUGUCUGCGCUGUAAAAUGCACCGGUUCUGUCCGAGAGAUCGAGUAUCUUAGUUACCGCGAGUCUCUCGAGGAGCGAGCUAUAACGAGUGAGGGGGCGGCCGCCGUCGUCCUCGCACCCCGCGCCAUCGGCACCGAUCGUUGCUCGAUCCUCCUCGAGUAUUUAUCGAAAUCGUGCCAGCAGCGUGAUUGCGAUUCGAAUUCGCCUCGCGCGUCGAUUCUCAAUCCGUCGCGAAACGUCUCUUUCGGGCUUGACUAUGGCAUACCGAGAGAAAACGGAAGAGUUCCUGCCUAUCAUUUACCCAGAUUAGCGAAAUUUUUGAUUUCCAAUCUGAGUAGACGAAGGCAAAUAAUUUUUCGGUGAACGAGAUCCGUGCUUUCUCAGCGAAUGUUUUGAACGAAACUAGUGAUCCUCGCGCGAUGAAUGUUCGUAAGAAUUGCGAAUAUCUUAUCUGACGCGAAAAUGAGUUGACAGAAUGAAUGAGUGAGAGAGAAAGAGAGUGUGAAAAAAUGAGAGUGAGGCAGUGAGAGUGCAAGAGAAAGAGAGAGACAAGCACGAGAUCGGAAAUGGAUAUACAUAGGUAACAAGCGGCGGUAGCAAACGCGGAAGAGAGUGAUAGAGAGAGGAUAGAGACGACAUCGAGAGAGGCGAAUCGUUCGCAUUGGAUGUUAAUCGAUAAUGAAAAAAACCACGCUUCAAACCGCUGUGUAUUAGGUAAUUCUCUGUAUCUCACACACACAGUCUCCUCUAGUUAUUAAGAACUUAUUAAAAAUAUGUUACAUAGGUGCGUUGUGUAAUGCGUUUUUCGUGCGGAUAACGUAACCGCGCGCUCGUAGGGAGGCACUUAAGAAAAUGAUUUUUUACUAAUUAACUUAUUCAAGUGAGAGAGAGGUAGAAUAGAGGAAAACAAGCGCAAAGAAGAAACAUAAAUGACGGGGAAACCGAGGGUUUAGAGGGAAGAAAAAAAAAUGUGUCACUUAGACGAUAGAAGAAGGGUUGUAAACGGAAACCGUUGAAAAUGAUGUAGUUCAAUUUUUGAUGCGCGCGUGCGUGCGUGCGUGCUUCGGGUGUUGUUCGGGCCUGUCUAGCCUAGUCUAGCCGUAUCGGAUUCUCUGCCAAUAUUUUCCCAAAAUCGGUGCGAGCAACCUUUGCGGGAAAUGAAGCGAACCUCGCGCGCGCGUCCGUCUCGUAAAGAGAGUCGGAGACAGACAGAAAAAAAAUCGGCCCGCUAUUCGCUCGCGGAGAAAGAGGAACAAAAUGCGCGAGAGUGUAUAGGACAAAUUUUACACUCUGACUUUACUACUUUAUGUGCAAUAAACGAUCACUCUCUGCGCGAUUUUCACGAGAGACGAUUAGCGAACGCGAAUAUCCACGAAACCGCGUGCGCGAUUCUCCGACAAUGUUCGAUAAUAAGUGGAACGUAUCGAAUAUCCACGUCUAUGAGCCCGUACGUUCCUCUUCCUCGGGAAACGAGCAGCGUAUCGCGCGGAUCUUUUCUAGGAUGGAAGGGGGGGAGGGGAUAUCGUUUUUUGAAACCAAAGUAGCGAUAUAAAAACCGUGAUUCGCAUAGACGGGAAAUUAAAUCAGCGAUAUAUCUAGAAUGAUCGUACCUAAUUACUCUCUUCAUACGUCCGAUAGAUGAUUGGAAAGUGUCGCGGCGCGUCUUGAAGGGUCGCGUUUCACGUGGAACACUAUUAAUAGAUUCGUAUAUUAUAUAGAGUCGUAUGUUGUCGCUCCCUGUACAUACAUACCGAACCUCCCUCUUUUAACCAAGAUUAAUCAAUUAACUGGCGUUUAUUAAUCGCGACCGCGAGUGUGCACGUUUCUUAAUCCCUUUGAAAAUAAACGAAUUUCUUCGCUGGGUGUAUAUAAUCAAAUGCAAUUGCCGUAGUUCAAAUAGAGAGAGAGAGAGAGAGAGAGAGAGAGAGAGAGAGAGAGAUGAAAGCGAACGAGGAAAGCUCUCACCUCAAUCGAGACGCCGUGUUUAUCGCAGAUUAUGUUCUCGAUGGUAAUAGGAGUCUCUUGGGCAAAUCGGAGGAUCUCUAUAAUUUUAAGCGUGACGCUUCCUUACGCUCGUCCUCUUGCCGAAUUCGACAGUGACCCGGGCACAGAUCUAAUCGAUGGGGUUUUUCGACUCGUUUUACUCGCGAAACAUAGCUUCCCGAACCGAUUCGAUGCCAUUAGAAUCGAGAAUAUCCCGGUCACGAUAUCUUUGGUACAUAAUGUAGAAUACUUUUGAUAACUAAUCAAUAGAAAGGAAGUGAGCACGUUUAGUGUUUAGAUACCGGAUGUUGGUCACCUUCGAGUGACACUUUUGUUAUGCAAAAGAGUCUUACACAAUACUUUCGACAAUAGCCGGGUCAUUCGGUCGACAGUAUCUCUUUCUCGAGACGGUCAAAGGUCGAGGGCUGGGAAGCGUUGUGCUCGAGAUUAGUAUGCAAACGUUGUGUGUUCCGCUUCGUAGAUGACAAAAAUAAAGCCACAUUCUGUAGCAGCCAGCAGUCGGAAGACGUAGUUUAACCUCGCAUGACGAGUCUCUCUUGCGAUACUCUUUUUCUGCACACGUAUCGGACUUCGUGCAAUCCACAAUGUAAACACGCAUCACACACGGCAUGAUAUACACACACACACACACACAUACAUACACAUAUACAGGCGAUUAUACGACCAACGGAUCGUGAAUCAUCGUCGCGUGCGACUCUAACGAGGAAGGGACAAAAAAAAAGUGUAAUUUCCACAUCUAUAUAUACACAUAUAUAUUUAUUUUUUUGGUACUCUUUUUUGUAUAUAUCUUGUCUCGCCGUGUUAGAGAUUAGGCGGCGUUUAUUAAGGCACCGCGUGCGUGCGGGGGGAACCGCGUUAUCAUAUAUAAGGUGCGAAGGCUAGUAAGAAGCGGCCGCGUUCAACGACGACCCUCCGUCCCUUCGUCUAAAAAAAAAAAAAAAAAAAAAAAAAGUUAUUCGACCCGCGAAGACGUGCAUUCAACGUGGACAGGAGUCACGUGUAGUGGAAAAAAGAAAAACCAAUAAGAUAAUGAGGAAUGCGAGGAAUAGAGAGAAGGGAGGCAAGUAUAAGCGAUUAAACAUUGGCAAAGACGAGAGUGAUGUCGAUCUGUUAACCCAAAACAAUGUGAGAGAAACAAUGGAUAAAAUGAGUAACAAAUAAAGCCGCGAAGGAUAGAGCAGGGGAAGAGGAAAGACCUCGACCACGACUCAUUGAAUGUGUCGCUCGCAGUAAAGGUUUCCGAGGAAGGGAAAGAGAUUGGCUAAAAGGGCAACCAUUAAGGGUAUAUAAUUGUACACAUAUAAAUUAGUUGAUAUAGAGCAAAUACAUUGAAUUUUUCUAUCCGUUACUAUCGCAAUAUUCUAAAUAGACACAAUUGAUCUUUUUCUUACGCACUCGACAAAAGUUGAAAUCAAUGCGAAACGGAGAACGGAGAUCACACGAGGGAGACUUGAGAAGAGAACGCGAUCUGGGGAAGGGAGCGAAGAACACAAAGUGAAAUAGGCGAAUGCGAACAGUUAGUUAGUGCAAUUUUACAUACGAGUCACCAUUCUCGUAAAUCGUGCGAAAGAGAGAGAGAGAGAGAAGAAGAAUAGACCAGAGGAAGUAAGAAAGAGGAGAGAGAAAGAUAGAAAGAAUGAGUAGGAGAGAAAGGGAGCGAGCGAAAGGGAGAGAUAGCGGCAUAAUCUCAUGCGGCACGUGCGGAGAUUAAAGAAAUUGAAACGCGAGCCGCGAUGGGGCAUAUCGCGUGUAUUUAUCGCGGACAAAUUUAUAUAUAUAUAUAUAUAUAUAUAUAUAUAUAUAUAUGUAUAUAAGAAGGCACGCCGGUGUUAUACGUGCGCGUGUGCACGCGAACUAGCGCAUAUAUAUUAGGCGAAAAAUUUUCUUAACCCACGCACUUUUCGCGAACACGCGAGAUCGAGGACGCUCGUGCGCGGCCACACACACAUCUACACACACACACACACACAUAUACACAAAAACAUAUAGAAAGCAUACACGUAUACAUACAAAAGACACAUACAUACGAACCACACACUCCACUAAUCGAUCAAUAUAAUUGUGUAGCGAAACUUACCUAGGUACCAAUUCACCUAAAUCAAUUGAUAACUAAAAAAUUAUAUAUAUAUUGAUAUAUACAUAUUAUAUACAUAUAAAUAUAUAUUAUAUAUAGAGAGUAGCGUCAUGUUCCAAUACUUGAGUGAACGAGUACUUGGACGAGGACCGAGACCGAUUUUUCUAGACAAAUUUUUCUAUAAUGUUCAAAAAAUGGAUAAAACGCGCGAAAAAAAGAAACGAGUGAGCGAGAGAAAGGAGGACAAGACGGAACGUCGCUUUGGAUCUUGUUCCGAUAGUGCGAACGCGCACACGUAAAUGAAAUACACUUAAUCUUGACUUAAAAAUCCACAUGUAAUAGACAUAUUCAAUUACAAAUUGCAAAGACCUAGCCUCGAGUACACGAUUUUUUAUUCUUUAAAUUACUCCACACACAUACACAUAUACACGAAAAAUAAACGCAAGUGUGUGAUCUUUUUUGUGUCAUACACAAGUGCACAAAGAAAUCGUAGAGAUUUUCACAAAUGUGCGAUCUUUUUUAAAUCACAAACACAUUCUUUGCACGCGCGUACACACACAUACAUACACAUACAUGCGCGUUCUUUACACUGUGAGCUACGGUCAUGUCUUUAUGGAUGUCUAGCUAAAUGUUCAACCUCACUGUAUGUGUACUCGGAUCGUUUUGCAGGUUCCGAUCCCCUUUUGAUCCCAUUCCUCCCUUCGAUUGAUAUUCUCCUAUCCUUUAUUCCGGCAUCGUAUACCUCUUUGUGCGAAACACUUAUUUUUGUGCUAGCGAUAUUUAAGACGCAACGAAGGGGGAGAGAAACAUUAGAUGUAUUCCGUAUUAAAGGCGUAUGACGUGUCGACACUCGCCUUGAGAUUCUCGGGAAUCGACUAAGAUGAUCUCGCUCAACCAACGCGAAAAAUUAUAAUUACGAUGAUCAUGUAUUCCGAAUUUUUACAAAAAAAUUUUUCCUUUCUUACAACAUAAUAGAUUCUCAAUUCAAUCUAAUCGUCAAUGUAUUUUAAAUUUGGAGAUGGGAAAUACGCUCACUAUUAUAUUUAUAAUCAUCAAAAAAGAUUAAAUUUUUUUUCGCGUUAAUUUGUAAUUUAUACUACGUCGAUUCCCGCGGGUCUUUAUUCUAAGCCAUUGUCGGAUAAACUUUUCAAAAAGUCAAGGGUUUGGUGCAACAAAAGCGUAAAACCAAAGUACGCGGGAAUAAAUUUCCUUCGUAUUUAUAGAAAUAAAAAUUAUUUCAAGAUAUAGCAUAAAUAUAUGAAGCUAGUUUUUGAACAGAAUUGAGACAGAAAUUGUAAAAAAUAAUUUUAAAGCAUCUCUUGAGAAUUUUUGUAAAAUAGAAACUUCAAGAGAUUCUUGCGUUAAACCCUUUACAACUCGUGUCUCUGCAGCAAAAACGUCCAAUUUUAUUCAGAGAAUAUUUUUCAUUCGCGGCAAUAUUUCUUUUAUAUACCGAAAAAGAAAACAAAAGAACGGAAAAUCACAAGAUGCCCGCAUUUUUUUGAUACGCGCGAAAUAUUUUACCGAAAAAUUAGAAAGACGGAUACGUUUAAGUGAAUUGAUUGUUAUUUCCAAAGAAAUCUCACUCUCAUUCCAAUAUCUCUGACAAAAAAAAAAUGUGCCGAAACAUGCAUGUGCAACCGCUGAACACGAACGAUAUCAAUUUAUUGAAAGAUAACGAUCGAUGAAAUUGGACGGAAAUGUUAUCGCGAGACCGGGACCGAUUUUGGGGAAAUUUUUGCAUAAUUGUUUAUAGAUGUGAUAUGAGUCUUGAUAUCUUUUCUUAAACAAACGUUUUGCUAAUUAGAAUUUGUUCUAUUUAAUAUUUGAGUUUGUAAAUUAAUGAAUUACUGUAUUUUAUGAUAUUUAUAAGACGCGCUGUUAUAUAGUUAGAGUUUGAGCUGCCUUGUUUUUAUUACUUGAUUAUCAAGCAAUUUCAGAUUUUUUUUCUCUUGACGUACGCUUUAAGAAAACGCGAAUGAUGUGAUUCACUGUAACAUUGCUAGAAUACGUCGACCGGAACAUUCUAGCGUGUGAGUGACGUGAGAUAACGUUGGACAGCGAUUUAUAAACAGCACAAGUUUAUGAAAGAUUUAUUUUAUACGAAAUAAAAUUUCACACUUUAUAUAUUUUUUAUUUGAAUUGAAUCGAGGAAUUAUUUGUGAUUAAUACCUUCAAAUGCAUUUUCUCACCGCAGAAGCAAGCACUUGGCAGAUUUACUGAAAUUCUGAUUACCGUAGAGACUCAAAAAUCCGAAUUCAAGAGUUUUCGUGUGCGGCGAGGAAAAAGGCGAGUACAGAGAAAAAGCAAUAUAAAUCCGCGACACUGAUGACGUAACAUUGUACGCGCAUAUGUGCACACGACCAUACAACAUCCAACUCAUAUACACAAACGAUACACAUAUACACACACAAUCAAAUGCCCCUGCGCAAUGAAUAGAGAAACAAAGUAACCGCAAAACUAUACCCGCAGUACGGAGUUAACGUUUGAGUUAUGCCAGUAACAAAAAAAUAACAACAAAAUAAUAAUAAUAUGUUAGGUGUGAUUCUUCACCUCCUUUGUAAUAUGUGUGAUAAAGCAUAAUAUAUAAUAAUAUAAUGACAAUUAUAUAUAGAUUAAAUAUAUAUUAUAUAUAUAAAAGUACACUAAUAUAUAUAAUUGAUAAUAAUGAUUGAAAUAUAUCUAAUAUAUUGUGACAGACUUUGAAAAAAAAGAAACGGGAUGUAAUUGAAAUUAGAAAAAUGAAUAUCGCGCGACACGACAGUAAAAAGCGAGAGAAAGAGCGCGCGCGCGCAAAAGAGAGAGAGAGCACAUGGAAAAAAGACAAGUAUCUAAUAUCUAAUUAAUCAGACACGCGCGCGUAAUCGCAUAUGUGGGAUUGCGAUUAGGCCGAUUUCGGUUCACUCGAGCUCAAGCGGACCUACUGUCGUUCAAGUAACGCGCGUACAAUUAAAGAGCGUGAAAAAAAAAAAACAUACAUUGAUAAAAGGAAAAAAAAAACGUGGGAGGGAACGAGUAACAAUGGUAGUCAUUUACGAUAGAUUUGUAUUUUUCAGUGUUGAAAAGUUUUUUAUACCGCUGUUAUAUUCUUGUCUAAAUAUCUUAGUUCAGAGAAGUUUGCGCGAGUGCAUGUGUAUGUGUGGAACGUUUCUGUGUAUUUGCAUGCGCGGGUCCGUGUAUGUUGUUUGUGUGUAUGUGUGCGAGCGAGGAGGUAGCGUCGCGAGAGAGAGAGAGAGAGAGAAAGAAAGGGAGAGAUGGAAAUGAUCUAGUGAGAAAUGUGUCGAGAAAGAAAGAAAGGUGAUUUAUAUCUGUAAUCACAGAAUCGACGACGAGACGUACAUCGGUGAAAAAGCGUAUGCGUAAUUAUAUGCAUAAGUUUUCUAUCGAAACGAUAAGUCCUGACGCAAGGACUCGUGGCGUUUAAUUUCGAAGGAAAUCACGAAUAUAAAGAGAGAGGAAUAAAAAAUAUUGAGUCGGAAUUUUAUCAAAAGAGAAAAAAUAAAUCCGAUUUUCACGAUCCCUUGCGUAGGACCUUUCGCGAGACGCGUCUUUUUGCGAGCUUUACUUUGCACGAGAGAGAUCUCAAGUAACGAUUAAUUAUGGAAAGAGAUUAAAAUCUCGUGGAAAAGAAAAGCGAGAAACGUGCGUGACGCAUAGGUAGGAUCCUAUACUGCUCGAAUCAUUAUGCGAGAGAAAGAGAAAGAGAGAGAGAGAGAGAGAGAAAAAAAUGUAAACCGCGUACACCUUCUGCUCACCCUCUGAUGUACCGUUUUCCGAGUACGAUUUAAUUAAUUUUUAUUUUUUUAAAUAAAGUUAUUAUUCUUAUAUUUUACGAGAUGCUAUUAGAUAAAUCUUAUAUAGCGUUUUGUAAUUAAGCGACCAUAAUCUUUUUGCUCUUUGUGUUUUCUUUUUAUAUGCAUAUGCACACAUACAUAUACAUAUAUGAUCGAGUCAGAAAAAAAGAACAUUUUUUCCAUUGUGUGAUAAAAUUUCUUACAAAAUCGUGCUAACAGCUACACAUUACGAAUGAUCACUUUCUUCACUUGAUCACGUGUACAUAUGUAUUGUGUGUAUGUGUGAGUGUCUUGGUUCAACGUGAUAACAGUGGAUAAUUUCACUCUUUGAAAAAUCUGACAAAAGAUCUUGAUCAAGAAUUAAAUUUAAAUUAAUUUCCUCGAGUUCUCGAAGAGAUGAAUUAGUAGUCGCUAUUGCCGAUGAAGCGAACCCUUCGCGUUUAUGUACACGUAAGAGAUGACACACACACACAUACACAGAAUCGAGAUCAACAUCUCGCUGUCGACCGGCGCCGACGUGGGAGGCGACGGACCCACACACAUGGGCCCCGUCGCGUCUCGCCGAUGUAAAAUGAAUUUUGUAAAUUUUUAUUAAAACAUCGCCCGUCUCUCCGCUCUUCCGCGUACGCGCGAAACCGCGUCGGACCGGUUUAACGAGAUUUCGGUUUCGAGAGCGCGUAGGUGCCUUUUUUUUUAACCGCCUCCGACGAGUCGAGUAGACGCCGCGGAGUGCCUUCGCCUUUUCCUGCAUUACACGAAUUGACGAACGUCGUUGACGAGAGGAGUCGGCAUCAAUCGCGGCAACGACGACGACGGUCGAUUCUCACUGUUAGUUCGAAAUAUUAUUAUUCCGCAACUAUCGAUAUUGCGAUUUAUAUACUGCGAUUUAUCACUACGAUUAAGAUUAUUCGUAUUAUUAUUACUAUUACAAUUAUUAUUAUUAUUAUUAUUAUUAUCAUUAUCGCCACUAUUACGAUAGUCAUUAUUAUAGACAUAUUUCUCUUACGUACCAAAGAAGUAGAAUACGUUGAAAUACGUAUGCACCGAGAAUACAUACACAUACACUCCCAGUUACACACACGCGCGCAGACUCAAGAUGGAUAAAUUCGAAGACCGAGCAAAAAAUCGUGAGACGAGAGAGCUUCGUCGGCAUCGGAAACCUCAUCGAAAUUCUCCUCUCGAUCCCGUUGCGUACGCCAGUCAGUUUUUGUUGCCCGGACGGAGUCUUAAGCGCGAAAUCUUGGAAAUUUGUUCGACGAUAAAUGCUUACGCGAUGCGAACCUAUCCGAGAUGAAGGGAGAUUAUGUCAUCCUGUCUCGAUGCAUCGAUGGGAUCGCGCUAAGACGAUGCAGAGUUCUCGAAGAGUUCAGAAGAGAAAUGAGAUAUAUAUGUAUAUGUCUAAGGUGGGGAUUUUAUAAAUUAGUCUUCUUGUGUGUGUAUUAAAUUCUUGAAGAAUGAUUUCGAAAGACGAUGUAAAAUCUAAAAGUCGCGCUUUUGUAAUCUGAUUUAUCACGCGUCUUUUGGAUCCUCGCGUUAUUCGGUAUCUUAGCGAACGAAACUUUUUCUUCUUAUCCUUUUAUCUAUUUCCUACAUUAAUCGAUUAUAGUACACGUUGAGAGAGCGAGGCGAGGCCGCCUUUGUGCUCGCGGCUCAGCCGAUCGCGCGCUUGUUAGUAUAAUUCGAAUUAUUAAAAUAUGUAGUAGACGUGCGUAAUAUACAAGAGAGAGAGAGAAAGAGAAGCAGAGCGGUAAGCUUAAAUAAUUUCUUGAAGCGUGAAGGUAACGCGACAGGAGUAACGCUAAUUAGCGAGCAGCUGGGCGUAGUGCAAUGAAUUUUGUGUAAAAUGGUAAUGAGGGGAGAACGAAGUGCACCGCGCGCGAUAAAGCGACGGAGGAUACGACGACGUUCGUCCCUAUUUUUCAUUUUUUUUUUCUUUUUUUUUUUUUUUUCUUCCUCCAAGGCGACAAUUCCGGAAAACGGAUGCGCGCGAAAGGAUAGCGAAAUCGGAGCGGCCCAGUGUCCCAGAGGCGGGCAAAACGAAGAGCGCGGUGUGCUCUCGGAGAAGAAAAAGAAUUGGGGAGGGAGAAAAUCUCAAUCUCGAGAUUCCCGGGGGCCGGGGAUUGCACCGGGUCAAAGCGAUUGACUCCUCUCUUCGCGUCCCUUCCUCUCCCCCUCGUGUAUUAGCGAUUCGCUGUCCCUUUUUAGAUGAUAGUGAUCCUCUCUUAUCCGUAGAACACAGAGAAACGGAGAGAAGGUGAGAAUUGAGUUGAUUAUCCUCGGGCUCGUCGAUACGCGCCCGCAAAUUUGGCCGACGCGAGCCCGAUUAGUCGAAUUACUUCUAUACGAGGAAAAAGUGAAAAAAAAGCAGAUAUAUAUAUAGUGUCCCUUAGGUGCGAAAGUAGCGUGUUUUUUAAUACUAUCUCGAAUUUCUACGAAACCUCGAUUAUAGCGAAUCCUGUACCUGCAUCAACUAGAAAAAAAGAAAAUGAAAGGAACUCCCGCGACGACGCGGGCGGUUUUUCUUUUUUUUUUUUAUAUAUAUAUAUAUUUAUAUAUAAAAUUGUGCCGCGUCGAAAGGGAGAACGAGCGUUUCGCCACCGUGUAUUUCGUCAAGUAUUUGUAGAAUCGGCUUAUUGUUACUAAUCUUUAAUAUAUUUAAGAUAUUAUAUAUAAAUAUAUAUAUUAUAUAUAUAGAUAUUGUCCUAAAGCGUGUAAUUGUGAAUACGAAUAUUUCUAUGAUCUUGUAAUAUAUAAAUUAUAUAUAUGCAAUUAUACGGGAAAAAAAAAAUCGGAGAUGCAACUUUUACGUAAUGAGUUAUAUAGUUACCACCACGCAUCGGAAUUAUUACCGCACCGCAUAUGGGCUAAUUUUCAGGAUGUUUGUAUGUACGUGUGUAUGUGUUUCUCUCAGUGCGUGAGCCGUCAGGCUCGCUAAUAAAAUGUCUAUUAAUCUUCCGCAUGUGACACGACGUCGUAUGCAUGUGAGUGUGUAUCUGUAUAUAUACAUAUAUAUGUUUUGCCCACCUCUGAAUAACCUGGCUAUAAUCUGUCCCACGCGAACGCGAUUCUUCUUCUUUUAAAAAAAAAAAACAUCUAUAUCUUGGAAGAGUAAAUUGAUAAUAAUUCAUUAAAAAAUACGAGUUAAAGCCGAGAAAUCGAAUCAGGUGGCAAGUUGCUUGUCUCUUGCAAUAAAAAUUUAUAGACUUGCGCGCGUUUAUCUUUUCUAUUAACUUUUAUUGAGAAAAACUAUAGAGUAUAUAUUAUAUAAUUUUCUAUUUGAUCUUCUAUAGGACUUUGUAUAAAUUAGGCAUUAUAAAAAAUCCAUCGAGUGAAACUUAAUUAUUCAUACGUUUUCCUCGAAGAAUCCAGUUUGAAAUUACUUUCUAUUUUUUUGUCGUAAAAUUUUAUAUAGUGGAUAUCACAUUCUCUCCGUUUGCACAACAAACGAUAUAUUUACUCGUGUUUUGCGUGAUCAAUCUCGUUUCCAGAUUUUGACGUGUUUCUUAAGAAAGAAAGAGAGAGUGAAAGGUAUAAAAAGAAAUAUUCUUAAGAAAAAAAGAAGGCUACGAAAAUUUCAAUAUUCGAAAAAACUCUUACGAUUAAUUAAAUGUUUUAACGAGAUAUAUUUCAAAUUUUUAAGAAAAAUAGAUAUAAAUGGUAUUUUCCCAAAGCAUUUAAAACAUAUUAUAAAGUUUCAAAAUUAAAAGUUAAAUGUUCAAAAAAAAAAGGAUAAACUAUUACGAUUAGUUACGUUUUUCACGAGAUAUUUUAAAUCUUUAGAAAGAAUAGACGCGAUAUUUUCUCAAAGCAUUUAAGAUAUAACUCGACUCUCAGAGGAGGAGUCUGAAAGCUCCAAUGUCGACGAAAUUCGAUGGAGAUAGCAAAAUUAUCGCGGGAUUACAUCGAAGAGACGAUGAUCCCGUGGAUAUAGCGAAUGACGAAAUAUCUUUUAGAAAGCGUAAGUCGUUGCGUGCGAUCAGGCUAAUCGCGACGAUUUCGCGCGAGACAAAGAGAUCUUUAUACAAUCGAUCGAUAUAUUAUUACAUGUACACGGAAUGCAUGCACGAUACACAACGGCGAAAAAAAUAUUCGCGCGUGUUACACUAUCAUAGACACAUUCCCGAUACAUUCGCGACACAAUCACACGAAACACACGACACUCACGUGUUACUUCUUAUUUGAGUGAUAUGACGAUAACUAACGUAGUCGGCUCUUCGUUUUUUUAACGUGUACAUUUUCAGAAGAUAUUUGAAAUUUUGUGAUUACACGUAUUAUAGAUUACGGGGCAUAGAAGGGAGAAAAAGAGAGAGAGAGAGAGAGAGAGAUAAAGUGAUGAAUGCAAGAAGAUGAAAGAAGAGAGAUUUGAAAGAAAGAUAAAGAGAGAGAGAGGGAGUCUCGAAGAGAAAAAGUAUGCACGAUGCCGAUUUAUUGAUUAUCCUUAGCAAUUAGCGAGUAGCGUAUCAAUAUUGAUAUAUAGAGAUAUUAAAAUGAUAAAAAAAAAAAUCGCGAGCGCGCCCGCGAUCUUAUAGUAGAGAAAAUAAAAAAAACAGCAGGGAGAUAUAUAUAUAUAUAUAUAUAUAUAUAUAUAUAUAUAUAUAUAUAUAUGUAAUAAAAAUAAGAGAAAAAAAGAAACGCGGCGCGCGAUCUCGUUGCUAGCCAAUUUGCUCCUACCAGUCCUUUUUGUACCAGUUCUUUUUUCUAAAUAAUCUCUUUAUAUUGUAAUAUGUAUUCUAUAUAUGCUUAGAAAAAAAUGAGACUUUUGUAUCAAACACGCGACACUCGAUGCGCGCGUCCAUUAUGAGACACGAGUUAAAUUAGUAGCGAAUUUUUUACGACCACCGAGACGAUCAAGAGAUUCUCGUCGGGUCGAUUGAUGAUCUUAGCUCAUGAACGUAGGCGUUCCUUCGAUGCUACAAUCGCGACGAAUAAUAAUAAUGAUAAUUAACGAUUAUAUAUAAUUAUAUAAAUAAGAAUAAUAAUGAUCACACACAUACACACACACAACAUACACACUCUUGUGGAUGAAACCUUCGGACAGACGGGAGGAUAAGAUUUCGUUAUCGAGGCUAUAAUUCAUCCAUUAAUCGUUAACUGUCGAUCGGACUACCGUGAAAUAUCGCGGAUCGUAAUUCGAUUACGUUUGAGGUGACACAUAUGUCUAAGAAAAAUGUCCGAAAAGUUAGAACAUCUUUUACGGCAUUUCUCUAAAAAUUUGUGUUGUCCAUAGAACUCUGCUCUACGAAAGCAACAUAUUCUCGAUAAUAAAAAAUCUAGGGUGUACGUGAAACAAAGAGAAGACACAUACACACACAUAUCCGGUGAGCACAUUUUCGAAGGCGCGCAGAAAAUUGGGCUGUUUUUUUUCAGCGGUUGAAAUUAUCGUAAUUUCUCGUCGCAAAUUCCUAUCUUUGUUUGAAAUAGCGAAUUUCUUUCAUUUACGAGAAAUUUCGAGGCGUGUUGUCUUCAGAAUUCUUCGAAAUCGAAUUUUAAAGAUCGAUCAACGAUACUUUUAUGUAUUAUUACUCGAUUCCAUCAUCUCGCGAAAUUUGAUUUCCAUAGAAAUUAUAUUGCUUUCAAUCGUUGACAUUUUCAGCUCACCAAUAUUUCUAACGAUGACGAAGAAAUAGGGCGAAGGGGGUGGGAUCGGGAGAGUGUCGAGGGGAACAAACGAAGCAGCCUUUUUCGUGCAUUAGAUAUUUUUUUAUAUAACCGAUCGUGCGUUUUGUGCGAGAAAACACUUGCGCGAUUUCUCGACACUGCGUUUUUCGAGACAAUGCGGGGGGAAACGAAGAGAGUCUUAUGAGAGGAAUCGGACGAUAUCUUGAUGAAAUGAUAUUGGUGUACAUGUAUGUAAGAACGAAUGCAAAAUGAAUGAGCCGUCAUCGUAAGGAUGAGGGGAAAGAGAAACGCGAUAAUCUAGGACGAUGAUUUUUUACCUUUUUCUAAAAUAUGUCAAUCGAUUUAAGGUGUUAGUAGCACAUGUUGAUGUUCGAUAUAAUCGCGGAUUUCGAAAGCGAACGCCUGUUUGGCAGAAUAAAUAAUUUCACGCAGCGUGGGUGAGGAAUUAAAGAAAGGAAUGCAUGCAGCGGAAGCAGGAGAGUGAAUGCGAAGAGUUUUAAAUUAAUCGUGCACAUACAUAAAUAGCGAAAAAAUAUAUCACAGAAAUAUGUAUGUUUAGUUUAAAAAUAUGAGGAGGAGGGGGAUUAUAUGAUGUUUAAUUAGUAGUUUUUUUUUUAUCGUGGCGAAACGUAAAUCUUCCGGAUCUCAUUUUUUAAAAAGCGAUAAUUUUCGUAAUUCUCUCUGUUUUUGUGUUCAUAUUCGUGAUCACGAAUUUAUUUCGUGAACGGAAGUGAUGGAAGUGACUUUAAAAUGCGAAGAUCAACGAUCGCGUUAUUCAUGCGAUUAAAUGUAGCAACUAAAAGCGUUCUAUAUUAAUAUAUUUCUCGCGUACGAGACGAUAGCAUCGCUGAUAUAUCCUUUCAGAAGCUCCAUAUUUGAACAUUUUACAUUGUCACGUAUAAUGGAACUAUAAUAACACCCACCGUGUCACUGAACAUAUUAUAUGAAUAUAGUAGGCUCGAUGGAUUAUAUGGUUGCGUGUGCAUGUGUGUGUAUAUAUAUAUAUCGAAAGAGAGAGAGAGAGAGAAAUUAUUUUUUAAAUUUUAUUUAAAUCUAUGACUUAACCUUUUUGUGUUAUUGAAAUUAUUAUUUUUGAUAGUUAUAUUAACAGGCGUUUUAAAUUAUUAUCUAUUUUUCUGAUUAACAAGUACUUUAUUAAUUUAAUAAAUGAAAUACGACACAAAUAUCUCACAACACAAUAUAUCUAUAUAUCUUAUAGUAGUAAGUAGUAGAAAAAAACCUUCUUUUUUUGUCAUCUAUUUGUCGCUAUAUUGUUAUUUACUCUUGAUGUUUGUAUUAAUAUGCGAUCUAUAAAUCAUUAUCGCUAUCUUUUUACUUUUAAUAAAACUUUAAUAAUUUAAGUAAUUUAAUAUAUAUAAACGGAAUAUAUUAUAAAUUAACAAUUAUAUUUUAUAAAAUAAUAUCUCUAUUUUUUUAAUUAUAACAAAAAUACUUUAUUAAUUUAUAUAAUAUAUAAACAGAAAUACACUGUGUAUAAAUUGUCGAUUAUAUUUUAUAAGAAUAUUUUAUAAUGUAAAAUAUUUUUUAUUUGUACAAACUAUAUGUUACACAAGACACGAGAAUCUCGUGAAAUGGAAAUAGAGAUGCAUCGUAUAUUAUCGUGCGACUAUGUAAUUUUCGAGCUCCCGUCAUUGUUAACUAUAGCGCAGUAUUAUUUACUCAUGGAGAGACGGCCAUCUAUUCGCAUACUCUUCGAUCGAGGAAUCGUGCAACUUGUAUUACCGAAAAAAAAAAAAUCGCGAAGACGAUCCAUUUGCAUCCCGAUUCUCAGACCCGUUUUCUAUUAAUUUUGCAAAUCUUCACUCUUUGUCGGUCGCAUCUUUUGAUCACUCCUGUCUCAACUAACCUGCUCAAUUUACCCAAUUAACUUUUUAGCAUCGUUUGUACUCGUUGUUGGAAGCGAGAACACAAUAUCUAAUAAUCGAAGGGAUAUUCUUAAGCAGCAAUAGAGCAUAAGCGCCCCCUUUUUCGAUUUUUUCCACAUACUUUUCCACUCGCACGUGUUUAGAUUCGAAAAGAACAUAUUCUCGCGAUCCCUAAUGAUCAAAGAUGGAUCUAGAUUGAUCUUUCGAGUUAGCCACUUAGCGACUUUUGUCAACUUUGAGGACUCCAGAUCUAGAUUGAGAGCGAACUAUUAUAGUUUUAAAGAGUCGAAAGAUCCAAGAUUAAAAAGAAUAUAAGAAAAUAAUUUUAAAUUAAAAUUAAAAAGAUAACCAAUGGUGAUAAAAUAUUAAAAUAACUUUAAAAAUCAGAAAAAAAAAUUUUACGACUAAUAUCCACUUUUUUUCGUAAAGAUUUACUUCAAGACUUAAAUCUACACUGUGGUGGAAAACAGAAUUUUCGACUUUUUCGUACUAUAAUUAGCCUCUCACGAAAACCACAAUAGUUCACAAUUAGUCGGAAAAAAAAUUUAAAAUCCGCUCAUAAUAUAUACAGGCUCACCGACGCGUAAAUACACGUGAUCGAAUCGCGAGCGCUAAAGAGACGAUGUAUAUUCGCUUCGACAGCGAUUCUUCGUUUUUCUUUCUUUCCUUCGAAAACGAUUGUUCGAGUCCGGAGAAAGCCGACGAACCAUAGGAAAUAUUAAUAGAAAAUUGAAAAAAAGAAACGAGAGAGAAAGAGAGGGAAAACGUGCAAAGUAUUCUACGAAAGCCACUGCAUCAGGCCAACAAACCAAGCAACCCACGCAAUAUAUCUCUUUCAGGAUCGACAGAACCUUCGUAAAUGUAAAACAUAGUCGUAAUCGUUUGAUAAUCGUAGCUUAAUUAGCGUGUAAACACAUAAUAGAGUUUAUUUUUUGGUCGCAGAAUAUUGUUAUAAAUAUAUUAGCCGAGAGCGCGAGAGGAACAUUUAUGUGUGUGAUCGUAUGCGUAUUCGCGUGUGUAUGUGAAACGAAAGAAAGAGAGAGGGAAAGAUAUUUGAAAACGAACAUAAUGGAAAUGAUCUGUAAUCGGGUGUGUGUGGAAAUAACGUGUGAUGCUGUGUACGUGUUUCGUGAUGCGUCUCACGUUUAAUUCAGCGUGUGAAUGUUGAAAAUUAUUAAAAAUUGUGUGUGCGAUUCCCCGCGCGACGAUGUCAAACAGCGUAUUGUUGUUUACAUAAACAACGAUUCUCGCGAUCGAGAUCUUUCGCAAUAGCGUGUUUAGUAUACGGUAAACGCUAAUGUCGAAUCGCGCGUGAAUGAUGAUGAAAAAGAAAAUGUAGGAUGAAUUAUUCUACUAAGAUUAGCGCAAGCUUUAGCGCUCAUCGUAUGCGAAAUACGACACUGAAAAUUCUAUAAAAUUCAAAUCGAAUUCUAGCGAAAAAAUAAUUUGCGUUUAUGGAGGCGCUCCGACGAUAUUCGACAGUUGAAAUUUUUUCGCGUUACCGCGGAUCGAUCGCGAUUUUUAACGAGCGUAUUUAACAAACGCUCGUUUUUAAAUACGAAAUAUCGUGUUAAUGUCAACGAUCAAGCUCGAUGAUAGUUGGCGAACGUAUUCUCGGUCCGAGUUCCCGCGCAUUUAGCAUUAAAAAAUACGAUUUUUCUGGCUCGCGUAAAUAUAUCUAGCAAUUUUUCGUGUUCCAGAUAAAUAAAGCGCGGAACGUAUUUCAAAUUAAAUACGAAAGGAAAGUGGAAUCUCCUUUUCCUGCGAACGGGAACGUUUGCCGCUCGCUCCAGCUGAUCGUUCGAAUCGUGCGGAGGAUAUAUAUCGUGGCAUUAAUAACGUUAAGAUAUAGUGGGCAUAUAAAAGCGAGAGAGGCCGUGAUACGUGUGGUUUCGCGUAAGAUAAGUUCGGCCUGCUGUAAUCGCACCGUGCGAAUCGUAUCUUAUACGUAAACUUUUUAUCAAACGCUUUUUUGAAGAUUUUAUCGAAUUAUAUACUCUUCGCGAAAGAGAUCGGAAGUCUAUUUUUGUGCGACCUUUCCAAUGGUUUGUUGGGAGAGAUAUCAUUGUAUUUUUAUUAAUUUUUAGGAUUGCCGAUCCCACGUUAUUAGAUUUAAUAGUAAUAUUUAAUAAAUUUUCUAGCUCUUUCAUAGCUAAAGCGACCACGAUAUAACACGAUGCGGUUGCAGCAGGGCAGAAAAUCAUCUUUACGCUGAUAUAUAUAUGCAUAUGCAUAAAUGUAUGUACAUAUAAAGAAGUGUAUAGAUUUACGAAAAAUAGAGUGUGAGGGAGAGAAACAUAAGAGUGAACGAGAAAGACAGAAAGAAAAUGCGAAUAAUAGAUGAACAGAAGAGAGAACACUGUUGUCAACUACAUGCAGAAGAUAGACCAUUGUGACACGAUAUUUUAUUAAUGACAGAUGCGUUCAGAAGUGAAAGAAUUUGGAGGAAAAAUUCUAAUUUCAAAAUAUUGUGAUAUUGCAAUAAUUUUGAUAUUGUAAUAAUUUUUAAUAGGAAAAUUUGUUUAAAAUUUGAAAAAAUUUAUUACCAUUAUCUUUAUUAAUAAAAGAAGUAUCGGGCAAUAAUCUUGUCAAUGUAAAUUUUUUAGCUUGAUUCGUUAAUGAAUUUUUUAUAUAAACAUAUUCUGUAUGUAUAUAUAACAGUGAUUGAUUAGAUAAUAAUUAUCAAUAUUAUUAGAAUAUCUAUUCUCAAUUUUAGAAAAUAAAUUUUUUAGAUAAGAAAGAGAAUAUGUGUGUGCGUCUGUCAUUAAGCAAAUAAUUGGCGAUAAUGGGAUAUUCGGUGUUCGUGUAUAUGUAUGUAGGCAACGAUAUUAAUAUUUAUUAAUUAUUGAUGCGCGCGACAUCCUGUUGGGACGGUUUUCUACAGAGAAAAAGGCUCCUUUGGGAAGUCAUUCGCGGCGACGCGUUCCGACCCAUCUUGUUGGAACAAUUUAUCAGUAGGCUCGUACUUUCAAGCUCGUUUCUCGGUCACAUGUAUACAUAUACUCACACAUAAAACACACACACAUACACAUACACUAUUAUAAUUACUCAAAAAUAACUUGUACUAUGUAACUAUUACUAUUUUUAUGAAUUUUUGUACAUUUUUCUAAUUAUUUUGUAUAAUAAUCGUUAGCGGAAAGAGAGAAAAUGGCAGAGUCUGGUACCCACUUCCCCAAAAAAGUGUUCAAAGCGGAGAAAAGGAGCUACAUCGACGACGAAAAGAAACGUAGAGAAAAAUGAUUUAAAAAAAAAAAAGAAA